AUGGGUUGGAGUCGUUGUUGUCAGAGCCGGGAGAGCAAAGGGAGGAGAUAUAAUAAUUGCAGUGAUGAGUAUUCUUUUUGGUGCCAUAUCUAUGCAGCACCAGACCUGCAAAUAUUCAAUCAGGCAAAGGCAAAGGUCUUCCAAGUGAUCCAACGAAAGCCACUUAUACAUAACGAAUCAAAAAGGAAUAUUCAUACGAAGAUUAGCAGUUACAUUGAGCUUCAAGAUGUUCACUUUUCAUACCCGUCACGGCCAGAAAAAUAUAUCCUUCAAGGACUGUCCUUGUCCAUACCAGCAGGAAAGACGGUAGCUCUAGUUGGUAGCAGCGGCUGCGGAAAGAGCACUGCCAUUUCCCUGGUAACUAGGUUUUAUGACCCCACUAGAGGAGAAAUUUUGAUGACAGUCACAAUAUCAAGGACCUUGAUCUGCAAUUUCAACUUUACAAUCUGGUACAUCUCAUACAUUAAUAAUGAAAUCUUCGCAGCUGUCGUCACUGACGAAUAA